GGGUAUGGGCGCUGGUAAUCUCUCGUUAUUAAUUGGCAAAUAAGUGUUGCGACAAACGCCCCGACAAAUUACGUGUGAUGGAAACAGCCAUGAACGUUAGCCAGGCAGCGUAAACCGGAGUCUAAACUCAACAGGUACGUCUGACUUCUGUCACGUCAACUCCUUUGACAGGAUCGUCGUUAGCUCGCAAGGGAAGCAUGUCAGAGAAGACGAGCGCCGAACAUGUCGAUAGUAAGCAGAGGGACAGGAAAGAAGCAAAGGCUUCGCCAUCCGGCGUAUUGGCAUUCGGGCACGGUCCGCGAUGGGCCCCUAUCAGUGGGCGAAGAAAUUGCCGCCGCGACCGUUGAACUCAGUUCAAGUGUCAAAGCGGAGCUCGAACAGCGCAGCUCGCAACUUAUGGGCAGUGGAGCGUCUGAAGUGUCUCUGGACUCUCUCGUACGAAAAACCGGAGCAUCUUCGUCAAGCCGAUUCCAAUCAGAAGCGGCAGCCGCGGCCUCGGAGCCAUCUGCACCGCUUCCGGUGCACAAGUCGGAGGCGUGUCAAACAACGGAGCCAGCAAGCGUGGCGUACAGAUCGCUAAUUCUCCAGUUUUCACCAGUGAGACGGAAUCAAGAACAUCGAAGUUCCAAGCCAGUCUUGACGCUGCCUUCUGCUUUGACGGAGCAUGACUGGCUUGACGGGCAGCAUAGCCCCCUGAGCCCCAAGUCUCCGGAAUUGCCAUUGCAGAGGCCAGAGAACUUUAGCAUGCUGUGGAAGAGUGUCACACCCCCGGAUGUUGAUACUGCUUCGACUUCGACAAUGCAGCCAUUCGCCCGCGCGAGUCCACCCGACGAUGAACUGCCGUUAAGGAAACAUGUUCAACAACAGGCGACAGAGAAUAUUGAGAUAGAUUCCAUACCUUCCGCGGGUUACAACGUGUCUGCUGCGGCGCUGUCUCGUACUCAACAAAGUAGCGCUGACGAUAAGGCACCACUAGAACCGCAGGUUCCGGGAAGUCCCCGGUUAUUGGCUCCUUGGAACGAGACACCCAGGGGGCUAGAGAGAAAGCGAGAAACACCGGAGGUCUUCCGGGACACGUCAUCGUCAACGAGCUGCAGUGUCUCUGCCAGCGAGCUCUCCAGCCCUCAAAUAGGCACGGCAUUGCACUCCCCCAGGGUCCGGCCGGUGGCGUCCGACACUACACCUCGCAUCCCGUGGGUAACGGUCGCAGUGAUUUGGCUGCAAUUGCAGUCUCACUGGAACCACCUGCACAAGGACUACCCUGACCGGUGCGCAAGCGUCAGCACGAUCGUGCUCGAGAACCGGUGGGAGAGGCUUCUCUUCGCCGCCUUCCAUCACGCUGACGUCAAGACGCUGGCGCUCAACUCGCUUUGUUUUUUCGCCAAUGGUGUCCUCCUGGAAGCUGGUCUGGGUGCGGCCCACUUUGCCGCUCUAUUCGCCACUGCUGCCGUUCUGGUGGGACUCGUGAACACUUUCAUUCUGAGGUUCCUGUACGAGUACACUAAGCUGUCUUCAUGGCAAACGGUGUGCUCGCAGACCUUCGUCGGGAUCAUUAUGACACUUGAAGUGCUUACAAGCACGAAAUUUGUUAAAGCGAGAAUCCACUACGGCAAACGGAGGUUCCGGGUCAGGAGGAAACUUUUCGCCGUGCUCGAGACAUUCUUCUACUGUCGUGGACGGAUAGUAACGUUUGCCCGAUUAUCAGUGGCAUCUUGGUGGGUGCCUUCCUCGCGCAUACGUCACCGGGAAACUUUAUUACGAGGAUCCGGCGACCCCGACGUAGCUUGUACAUACGCGUUCUUCCUUGCGCACCGGUGACGUACCUAUUCGUCACUGCUAUCAUCGUAGCCUUCUUGCAAGGACCUUUUCCUGACCCUCUAACCUUGGCUGAGACUGGCCUGUCAUUUCGCGUUCCCGUGCGGCGACCAAUGCUUCUACCCAUGCUCUACCAGCCCGAUGUCUACUGGUUGGCCUACGCUGUUUUGUCCAUAUGGGAUGUUGGCCAAGAACUUGAGCAAGAGAUUGGCCAUCUCGGCUUUCUCUUCCUGGCCGGGCUGUUGCUGAAGGCUCUGCACGUGCUCCUGGACGGGUUGUGCUGGAUCCUCUGGUGCCAUCUGCUGGCGUUGGGAGACAACUUGCCGACACCCGUACCGCAUUCGAGCUCGUGCACUUGCGGACUGGUCGCCGCCCUCAUGGCGUUGAAGGUGGUCCACCACGUGAUGCAUCCCGGCUGCGUCUAUCGCAUGGCGUCGAUGCCAAUCUACGUGCCCUUCUGGACCGGCGUGCUGUUCGAGCUUGCGGUGCAGAACGUUGCGAGUGGUUCGGCCGCUUACAUCUACGGGCCUAUCCUAGGUAUUCUCCUGGGAAUCGCAGUCACGUGCGUCAGGAUAGAUUGCCUCCGCAAACUGACUGCCAGAUUGGCGGGCCUCUCGGACAUUGGCAUACUCUUGCGUGGCACCGACGUGUCACCUGAAAACGUCCUCCUGAUGCUCAGACACUGACACACUUCCUUGGUGUGGCACGGGUGCAUAUCAUCGUAAAAUUAAAUACGGACCAGUGCACCAAUCGGAAGUCUUUUUCAUAGAGCUUUGUGUUUAAGUAUUAAGCACAACGUCAGCUAGCCAGCCAAGAAAUUUUCGGGCUACGAAGAUGGACCGGGCGUCGCAGGGAAGAGAAGGGCUGUCUGGGGAAGGAGAGUGUGUGACGUACAUACUAACGAAGCCGACUAUUUUAACGUGGAGCAAAAUAUGCAUUCACACAGUUAUGUUCUUCCUAUUCGUGAUAAACUCCCUUUUAAUGGUGAGCAUUAUUGGGCACGAUCUUCGCCUUUUUUGUUUAGUUAGGUUGAUAGCAUGGUUCAGAUUAA